AUGCCUCUGGGGCGCUUGUUGUUGUUCAGUAUUUGGGUCGCAUCUCAUGCAUUUUAUAUUUACAGACUAUUACCAGCUUGCCGAUUUCUACCCAGACACUGCCAUAGGAAUGCUAACCGGGUUUCGUUGAUGCAAACCUUGGCGAAGAGCCGGGCCGUGCGCAUGGAGCUCUCGCGUCUUGCCGUGCCGCUCUCUUUGGAGUCCAGAAGCUGGUCUAAAGAGACAGAAGAAUCGCUCGAUAAGGCACUAGCCGGAAUAAGACUUCAGCAGGGGGCGUUGUUGGGAGCCCUGUUGCGAUGGAAUCCUCUUGCGUUUCGGUCAGACGAGACUUCCUCGCCGAGCUUCGGGUCUUACACGGAACUGGAUGUGUUUCGAGAGUUUCACCUCGGAUAUGAUGAGCAGGACGUGAGAACGCAGAUGACGCUAGCAGGAUUUUCGCCUCGGAGUUGGCUUUUCCUCGACCUGCCUUUUGUGCUUCAGCAAAACCCCCGUUUCCUGCUGAUGACGAUGACCGACCCCGCUGUGUGGAACGAUGAGCACCAUCACAAGGAGAUGCUGCGCUAUUGGGACAAGUGGUUUGGCCGCCAGCAGAGGUGGCGGGAGUCCGGCGGCAGGCAAGAAAGGCCCAGGGAAAUAUCGGACACCCACGUGGUCAUCCUGGAGCAUGAGGACAGGCAGAGGCAGAGGGAGAGUCCGGAAAGCGCCAUGGACUUGUUUGCAGUCGCGCUGCGUGAGGCCCUUGCUGCCGCCUACUUCGUUCAAGGCCGGGAGCGGAUACUGGAUUUUCUCUCUGUCGCCAUGUACCGGAUCCCAGGAACGGUGACAGUUAAACCCCGCGAUGAUGCGGGCUGUAGCUUGUUUACUCGUAAUUAUUACCAGACCUGUGGUGUGCUAAUUACCGAGCGCAGCCGCCAACCACAGUAUUCCUAUCCAGGAGAGGAAGGGUCCGGCAACAGGACUUCAGCAAGACUGCUGGAGAUAGAAGAGCCCCGAAGAGCGGUCAUGGGCCCUUGGCCCGUCGUGCAUCGCUUCUUUUUGCCUCCCGCAGAUGCCGUUGCGGUCCAGGAGAGGGUGAAAGCGUUGCACAUUCGGCAGGGGAGUUGGCGUCCCCCCCUGGAGCUGGCACUGCCGAGGCAUCGGUUGGAAGUGUAUGUUGGGCCUUUGCGCAACAGCAACGUCUACACCACGUUUGUUUCCGAGGAUAUGCCCGAUGAGGCCUUGUGCGAUGCGCCGCUGUAUGGCGUGCACGUUCGGCUCAUAGAGCUAAAAACAAGUCAUUCAAGAACACCUCCAGACGACGACGCGGACGGCGAGGGACGAAGACCAACGCCGCCCCCGCUUCGUAGUGCCCCUGAGCGGGAGGUGCACUUUUUUCCAGCAGAGGACCACAAUUUGCUGCAGAAGUAUAUGCGAGACCUGGAUGAUUUGUCGAUGUCGAGAGACCACGCUCUUUUGCCCGGAGCGGUGAGUCCUCGAGGAGGGCGUCCGUUUUCUCUACUGGGUGAUAGUUCUGGUAGAGGUUGGGACAAACAUCCAUUUGAUCCUCAUCCAGGGAGUGGCGUCAAAUUUAACCGAUGGGGAGGGCUGAACUCGAGGCUCGUGGAGUUCUUGCUGCUGAUGCAGCGGUUAAUGCAAAAGGAGCUGCGGGAACGAGGCCAGUUGCCGGUUGGCUGGCGCGAGAGUCUGCAUGCAUGGUUCCGGCUGCGAUUUGGACCCUCCGCGGACGGGCGGUAUUACGAUUAUUCGCCUGACAUGGCAUUCUUUCUGGGUUCGGGCAGCAUAGAUGUCGCAGAACUUCUGCGGAUGCAAGGUCUCACCUGUGACAACCCAGACUUUCGUCGGGUCCAGAUUGCAAUAUUCUACGACGCCUACCAUCCGUCCCAGGUCGUGAAGGUGGGGAACACGACGAAGCAACAAGGCAGUUUUCUCGGGAUCAUGGACACACCGAAGUUCUCUGAACCUCCGAGAGAGGAAACGCCAUUGCUUUCUCUGCACGCGGUUGUCCAUUACUGGCUAGACGCCUUCCCGCCCGGCCCGGAAGAGGUGGAGUGGAUGUUGAGGGGUGGCCAGGCGCACGGGGAAACGAACAGAACAAAUUACCUCCUGCAUAGUUUUGGAACGUCAGCGGCUAGCGCCAUGUUGAUGCCAGUGAAAAAUCUCGACGUAGACGAGGCGGGUAAAACUCUUUUUUCGGGGAAUUUAAACUUUUCCGACCCCGUGCCCAACCUGAGCUCGAAACUUUUUGUCGGAAUGGUUAGGGGCAGCAGCAUAUCCUGAGUAAAAGCGUUCCCACACCAUAGUCAAGAUGACAAAUCUGCUAGACAAAUCAACAAGCUCUGGCUGUUGCGCAUGACAAAUUUGGCCUCGUAGUGUAAUGCUUUUCGGCAAGUUCACCAGCGUCACAAGUCUCGCACAUCAUGGUGAUUGGAGCAUCCCAAAUUCCGCAAUACGACGAAAGCACGCUUCUCAUGGGGCUCCGCAUGAGAAAGAUUUCUAGCGUGCAGAUUUGCAUGACAACUCCGCUGAUGGCAGUUUGGUGUCCGCCUGACCCACCCGCCCGGCGCACCAAGCCAUCUGCGGCCGUGGUGCAAUGGGGGGGCAAAGUGUGUCGCAUUUUGUUUAGCAUGACAACUCUGGGGUGGGGACGUUUUUACUUCGGACACAGCACAGAGCCUCCUCCAGUGGGGGCGGGCGCGCGUGAAGAUCACGAGAAGAACCCCGCCCAUGGUCGUGUCGGACAGGAAAAAGAUAAAGAGCCCAGUCGAGGACGUGCCGACGCGGGGGAUCACCAGCAACACUCUAUCCUGGCGCGUCCUCCUGAUCCUGCCACUGAUAGUAGACGAGGAACUCCAGAAAUACAAAACUCGUCUGGUCAAGCUCAACAACCACUUCUACUAAACGUAAACGCGACUCCUGAAGACCUUGUUCAUUCGACAACGACGAGAAUACAAGGUUUAAGACCGAGUAGACCACCAGGUCGAAGAACAUCGAAGAUGACAUCAAUUCCCACGCGACGAGAAAACACGAGCAAUCGGACGAACGCAACGGGCGGCCGCAGCACCUCCAGUGGUGGAAAAAAUACCUCCAAUGCUGCAGCCUGCUGUGCAGGUGAAAAUGACAAUGGAGGUGAAAAUGACAAUGUAGAUCGCGGCAUAUCACGGCGUCCUUCAUCACGGCCGUCACCUUUGCGUCGAUACUUGGUGUGUGCGCGGCUGUGGUUGGGAUCCUCCUGGUUGCGCAGUGCCUGGCCGCGCGCGCCGAGCGGCAGCGCCGUCUGGCCUCGGGCGAGCGGAAUGUUGAGACGAAGCUGGAGCGUGCACGGGAGCGGUUUCUGCGCGAGCGCGAGAAGCGGCGAAAGCUUCGACAGCGGCAGCAGCGAAAGUUGAACCUCGUAGAAAAAUUGCAAAACAGGAUAAAAAUCAAUACACACAAGCAGGGGGAUGUGGAUCAGGAUCACGAAGAUGAAACCCGGGUGGAAAGGGACAACGUUUCCGGCGGUCUGGAGCAAGACGAGGCGUUGCGAGGGUCACCUUCAGGAGGUGUCAAUUUAAUAUCUCAAGAGGCGCGAAAUGAUAUUCGAGCAGGGAGUGCGCAUCUCCGGGUACCAGAAAGCACGGGUAGGUCCCGUAGCCCGCCGGGAGAUCCAGUCGUAUCACCUCCGGCUCGUCCCACCUCAAACGCGGCAACAGUUGCAACAAGGAAGUUAAAGACCAGCGUAGUAGACGGAGCAGGAAAAACACUCCCCGCACCAGCCGCACCACGACGCGCGACGGAACGCCCCCCGCGCGCACCACCAUCAAGCACGCGGGACAAGCUGACAAGCGACAACGUUUUAACCUUGCGGCCGAAAGAAGAGAGAAAAAGGAAGAACGCUCCUCUUAACUCCUCGUUUCCCUACCACGUGUGGGAACAACCUCCACCGCGCACAGUAGAGCCCGUGCGGGAGCAGGGGCGCGACCGCCUGGAUAGGGAGGGUGCUUUUCUUCGCCCCGAUACUGCCGGUGUGAGAAACCAGGUUCUCGUGCAGAUUCCGGAAGAUGACAGCAGCACGGCAAGAAGAGCCGGAGCGGCACCUUCGGCGCCCGUUUUCACUCUGUCCGGGACCCACGGGGGUGUGGGGGAGCAACCUUCAGAUGCGCUCGACGUGUCCUUUCAAGUGCCACGAACGGCUGAGGAGUGGGAGCGGUUGCAAGCGUUCCAAGGGUACGGAGCAGAGGAUCCGAUCCCCGCCUCUACCCUACAGCCUGUAGUACAUCGGGGUCCUCGUGCUGCAGGAACGUGAAGACCAUCGUCUGAGGGAAAGUAAGUACGUUAUUAAGUACUCACAUGAUAAAGGUGGAGAUUGUAAGUACAUACGCAGAGAAGAAGAGUACAGAGUUUUUAUUUGUGAAAUCUGCGCAACCAUGCUACACGAUUGAUUUAUUUUGCACCAGGCAGGAUGUGGUCGUGAAAAGGUUCAGUCGUGUUGAAUGAGUCAUUUUUUUAUGAACAAUAAAGUAAAGUUUCCGAUGACGACAGAGUGGGUGAAUCACUUGGUCGUCUACUUGAAAAUCCGUUGCUACUGUAUUGAAAAUGUAUAUGUAAUAGAUCUAAAAGCUCAUGAUCGUGAUCGUUUCGUGCUCUGAAGCCAAGCAUCUAGAAGGAAAGGAAU